CCUUGCACUGCAGACGAGACAGCUGUAAGCCUGCAAGCUUGCUCUGGCACCCGGGAUUGCACUGCACCUGCAUACUCAGACAAAGGUUUCCACCAAACUAAAGACAUGAGGAUCCACAGCCUCACCUUGCUGUCCUUCCUCCUUCUGGCCGCUCAGGUGUUCUCGGUGGAGGGCAAAAAGGAAGUAAAGAAUAGAGGUGGCAGCAAAGCCACCACGGAUAAAACACAGAUGCUGGGCAAGCCCUCGAAUGAGCAGAAAAGCCAGCCACCCACGCACCUGGCCAAAGGCAAGUUUGUCACCCAAGACCAGGCCGACUGCAGAUGGGUGGUGACUGAGAAAGAGGAGGGCAUUGUCCUGAAGGUCGAUUGCACCCGACAGGAUAACAAGUUUUCCUGUUCCUUUACGGGCAAUCCAACCUCAUGCCUAGAGUCAACCAAAAAGGGUGUCUAUUGGAAACAAAUUGGCCGGAGCCUGCGCACUCAGAAAGUCAUCUGUGGGGACUCCAAGAGCAUCCUGAAGACCAGGGUGUGCAGAAAGAAGUUCCCAGAAUCCAAUCUCAAGUUGGUGAGCUCUACUCUAAUUGGAAAGAAACCCAGCCAGGAGACAAUGGAGCCCUCUCCCAGGGAGCAGAGCAUGACCAAUGAGGCCUCCCUCAUGGAGCCUAACAAGGUCAAAGAGAACACCCUCGCUGGCCCAGCAGAGUCCUCCAUCAAUCCCGAGUGUCUGGAGGACCCAGACAUGAUGAACAAGAAUAAGGCAGCCCUGGAAUACUGUGGGGAGUCCUGGAGCUCUUUCUGCAAAUUCUUCUUCACCAUGGUGCAGAGUGAAUCAUGCUAAGGAGGUCAAAAGAGAACAGACCUCCAUUAGGUACAUGUCCAAGCCUUCAGGAUGCUGUAAAGCUCUCCAAGUUCCCAGUAAAACGAACAUUUCUAUGAGCGCGCAGGGAAUUAUUUAAACAGAAUUUGUAAUUUUUUGUUUUUGAGUUUUGGAAUUUGCUUUAUAUUCAUUUCCUUAGGUGUGAUUUUCAGAGGUUGUUGACUGCAAUGUUUCCAUGGCCCACAAAGCUGUGUGCAUCUGAGCAGUAACAACCACUCUUGGAGCUGAAUGAGCCAGAGGGGAUGAUUUUAGUGCAAUGCAGUUCUGCUUCAUUAACAAAAUCAAUAAAGCUCUGUGCAUUUUUCAAAAAUGUUCAA